GUCUACACUCGUUUGCAUGCACAUACUGCCGCGUACAAGAAGGCUCACCCUCACGCUCCCAGACGCCCGCACAUUGUCAUUCGCAACAUACGGCACGCCCUCUGACCCGCCUCUGGUCUUCCUCCACGGUUUCCCGAGCUCACGGCUCGAAAUCGCCGCAAUCUCACCCCGUCUCGUGUCUCUCGGGUUGUACGUGAUCGCGCCCGACCGCCCGGGCUUCGGCGCCUCCUCUCCCCUUCGCGGCCGCACGAUCGCGAAAUACCCCGACGACAUCGCCGUGCUCCUAGACCACCUAGGGAUCGCGCGCACAGCUCUCCUCGGUGGCUCGGGCGGCGGGCCGUACGCGCUCGCGUGCGCGGGCGAGCGCGUCGCGGCGCUCGGCGUGCUCGCGGGCGCAGCGCCGUGGACCGCCGGCGUCAAGAUGCACCUCGCAGACCGGUGGUUCCGGUGGUGCAUCCGCACAGUGCCGGGUCUAGUCGCUGCGCGGGUGGACGCCGCGUAA